AUGGACAAGCUUCCACAGGAGGUUACCGACCGCAUCGCGGGGUAUCUGUUUCCGCGCCUGGCGUCCGGUGGCAAGUAUGGCCUCCUCGAAGACCGCCCAGGACCGGCAGAGUGCGCCACGAUCUCCAGGACGUGGAAGAGGACGAUCGAGGCGAUGACCUUUCGCCGGCUUGGGGUGUUGUCACGCGACGACAUUCCUGAUGCGAAGUAUCUUUUGGGCAGCGACCCCCAUCGGCGCGCCUCUGUCGAGAGGAUUGACUUCAUCGUCAAGGUUGAUGACACCCCGAGGGACACACAGUUCCAUCGUAUGAGGGACCAGAAGCUCGUGCAGGAGUUUCGCCUCCUUAUCAACUUCAUUAACGAGAUCUGGCCAACUUCCAACGACCCCGUUGAUGACACCCAGCCCAUUCUUCUUGUAGUCAGCAUCGUCGGCUACAGCAAGUGGGAUGCGUUACUCUGUGAUCAGAGUGCGUUUACUCAGGAGCCAGGCACCCUGAACCAGCUGCCAUUAUGCCCGGCAGUUACUUCCCUCGCCAUAUAUUUUGAGGAGGAGUUGAGGAGAGACUUCCAUCCCAGGGACGAGGCGUUCGCGCCUCAGAAGACUAGAGAAGCCGACAUCGCCAUGCAAAAUGGCACAAAGGUCCCUCCUGCCUGGAUCAUGAACGUCCUGGCCAAGUUCCCUUCGGCUCAACAGGCCGACUAUGAGAUCUACAACUUCAUCAGGCGAGGCUUGAGAAGAUAUCAACUCUGCAACGCCCUGGGUGGCCCCGCCUUCGCACACCUCCAAAACCUCUCCCUCUGGUUCGGCCCCAACAACUUCUCAUCCACCACAUUGCAAGCGUUCCUCUCAAACAAACAGUAUCCCGCUGUGCCACCCGUACGCCCCACGGACUCCCUCAACUCCGUCCUACGGACCCUGUCCCAGCAGCUCAAAGAGCUGCAUAUCAACGGCCUCUUCUCGCUCAGCCCAGACCUCUUCAUCAACAGAGCCGAUGAUAAUAACCAACCAUCCUGGCCGCGUCUCCGCGUCCUCCGGGUCACCACAACCCUCCUCACCCCCUGCGGCUCCAAGUGGCUCAUCCCCCCGCAUCGCUUCCGACCCCGAGAAAACCGUCCCUUCACCAUCAACGCAACCCUGAGCACGGGCACUAUCGAGUUCAACAAGCUCAUGACAGCGCUCUCGCACGGCAUGCUAGCCAUGCCCCGCCUCCAGCUUCUCACGCUGGACUUCCUGGUCGGUCCAGCCGAACCUAACUGGGACGACGAGGACAUGGACUGGACUGGGAACUGGACCGGGAACGGCGAGGUGAUUGGGAAUGCACCACAUGUACCUGGCGAGACAUACGAGCUUGUGAGGUACGUGAGGGAGGCGAACGAAAGCAGGGAGAUGGCCCAGUGGACCGGUGGAAUCAGGGAGAAGCCAGCGGAGGGCAACCGGUUUUGCACUUUGGCGGUGUUCAAUGAGCGGUUCAUCUCGAGGAACAAGGAGUUGUACUGGCGCCCGUUUCCCAAGGAGGCGGUGGAGAAUUGGAAUGAGUUGCAUAAGAGCAUCAAAGGGUUGUCGGGGUUGGAGGAGUGGAGGCGGAUGUAG